CUGGGCUGUGCGGGGCUGGGCAUGGCGGCGCUGCAGUUCGGGGCGGCGAGCGGCGCUGAGGAGCCGGUCUUGCCUGGCGGGAGCUUCGGGGCGGCGGACUCGUUCCCCAAAGAUUUCGGCUACGGCGCCGAGGACGACGAGGACGAGGAUGACGACGAGGCGGCCGAGCUGGGGGGCGGCGGGGGCGGGCCGGGCGGCGGCUGCGGGCUGGGCCCCGGCGGCGACUCUUCCAAGCAGCCUCGCAUCUUGCUCAUGGGGCUGCGGCGCAGUGGGAAGUCGUCCAUCCAGAAGGUGGUGUUUCACAAAAUGUCUCCUAAUGAAACUUUGUUCUUGGAGAGCACUAACAAGAUCUACAAGGAUGACAUUUCGAAUAGCUCCUUUGUGAACUUCCAAAUAUGGGAUUUUCCUGGGCAAAUGGAUUUUUUCGACCCAACGUUUGAUUAUGAGAUGAUUUUCAGAGGAACUGGAGCCCUGAUCUAUGUUAUUGAUGCACAGGAUGACUACAUGGAAGCUCUAACUAGGCUCCACAUUACAGUUUCAAAAGCCUAUAAAGUGAAUCCAGACAUGAACUUUGAGGUUUUUAUUCAUAAAGUAGAUGGCUUGUCAGAUGACCAUAAAAUAGAAACUCAAAGAGAUAUUCAUCAGAGAGCCAAUGAUGACCUCGGUGAUGCUGGGCUUGAAAAACUUCAUCUUAGCUUUUAUUUGACUAGCAUCUAUGAUCAUUCAAUAUUUGAAGCCUUCAGUAAGGUGGUGCAGAAGCUUAUACCCCAGUUGCCAACUCUGGAAAAUCUGCUUAAUAUCUUUAUAUCGAAUUCAGGGAUUGAGAAAGCUUUUCUCUUUGAUGUCGUCAGCAAGAUUUAUAUAGCAACUGACAGCUCCCCCGUUGACAUGCAGUCCUACGAGCUCUGCUGCGACAUGAUUGAUGUAGUCAUUGAUGUUUCUUGUAUAUAUGGGCUAAAGGAGGAUGGGAGCGGAAGUGCUUACGACAAGGAGUCUAUGGCAAUUAUCAAACUAAAUAACACAACUGUUCUGUAUUUGAAAGAAGUGACAAAGUUUCUGGCCUUGGUGUGCAUCCUCAGAGAAGAAAGCUUUGAACGCAAAGGUUUAAUAGACUACAAUUUCCACUGCUUCCGCAAGGCCAUCCAUGAGGUCUUUGAAGUAGGUGUUUCCUCCCAUCGCUUCUGCAAUCAUCAAGCAAAUAUGCCCAGUCUAAAAGCAGUGACUCAUAACGGCACCCCUAGAACCGCAGUCUAGGGGAGACCAAACUUUGGACGGCUAAGUGCUUGCCCACCCCUGGUGUGUGUGUAUAGGGGGUGAGUGGCAGAAGAGGGACUGGCUGCAUACGUUUGUGUGUGCAUCCUGAAAGAGAAGAGAAACCCUUGCCUUAUGGAGCUGGGUGUGGCACAAGCAGAAGGCUGCUAAGCCCUUGGGACCGAGAGUGGCUGCUUCUGUCUUCAUGUGGUGGCUCUUGGGAGUUAAAAAGUCUCCUUCGCCUGGACCUCUCCCUUGAUAGAGCAUGGAUUAUUCCAGAGCUGAGCUGAAUUGACACGUGCUCAGCAUUCUUAUAUGUUUAAAGUUUAAACCUAAGUAGUGUUAGAUCAUUUGUCUUUCCGGAAUAAGUUUGGGACUCUUAUUACAGAAGCUCAGAAGCUGAAACCUUGCAGCUCAUGGCUUAGUUUAGCACAGUCUGAAACAUUCCAUGUGGUUCUUUUUGUUUUAGUCAUAUUUUGCUGUAAACAUCUUUUUAAAAAAAUAGUUCCUCAUUCUGCGAGCUUCAUAUUGCCAUGCCAGGUUGUGCCAGCCCUCCUCAGUUUAACUCCUGCAGGACCCCAUAGAGUGAUGGUGCUGAGCAAUCUGUGGUUUUGUUAUAAUUUGCUCUUUGAGAUAUGAUAGAGACAAGAAUCUGUCAUCUAAAUUCUGUGGGUUAUAAUGGGCUUAGAAUGCUUGUUUUAUAUUCUCAAGCUUGGGGGUGAGUCUGGUGAAUGUUGCUGGCAACAGUUCCUUUUCCUGUUUCUGCAAUUGCUUCUUUACUAAAACAACUUGCAUUUCGCUCAGCCAUGGUUGACGUCUCUGGACUUUCAGAGCUUGUUCCUUUUUUCUUUUUCAAUGCCACAAGUUGUUAUGCAUUCAGGGGUUAAGUUCUGACAUGCAGCUUUGGCCCAGUAUAUACCAGCCUGGCUUUAAAUUCUGUUGCUUGACUUUGCAGCAGUUGGUCACUCAACAAGAAUUAUUCUUUGCCUCUAUGGUUACCAAGUUCCAAAAACUUUCCCCUCAGCUCCUUGGUGCCAGUUUUCCUGGUGCCAGCUUGUAUCCGAGUACAUGAGCUGUCUUUGUGAUCUUCAUACAAGAAAAGUUGGUUUGCGUUUCCUGUGAUGCAUAACUCUUCUCUGUUCCAGUGUCUCAGAACAGAUGUCUGCGUGCAGAUGGUGAAGAUGGUACUGUCUGGGGUUUGAGGACUUAAUUCACAAGGGAAAGCUUUCACGUGAUUUCACCCUUCCCCUGGGAUGGAUCAACAGAGUGCAUUUCUUCCAGCAGGUCUCUUCUGAGUAUUCACUAGUUUUUUGUUCCCGAGUAGGGGUAGGGGGUGCUUUAUUCCCGCAGGAUGGUUUUAGUUGCAGAGGCAGCUAAUUGUCUUGCAACAGCCGCUCAUUCUGACUUCCAGCUGUUCCAGCAUUCAAGCAUUCCAUACCAAAACCUCAUGACAUUCAGUCAUGUGCAGUUUAACAGUACUGUGCGCCAAUUUUAUUCAUUUUUAGGGCAUACUGAGCCUUCAUUUUUCUAAAACCAGACUCCUCUUUGACCCGACUACACAUUUGAAAGACUUACCUCUUUACUGGAAAUACAGUGUGUGGUUUUCUUUUGGCCUCUCUAACCCUCAGGUCUGCCACAUGGGAUAUACAUGGCAUUAUUCAAGCCAUUCUGCAAAAACAGAAUAAUGUGUGAUCAAGAGAAAAUGGAAGUGGGGAGAUAUUUGGCUCCCUGAACACUGAAGCCCACUUAAGAAUUGCCUUCCUGUGUUAGAACUGUGUCUGUCUAGUUGCCUUCAGUACAUGGGUCUGCUGGGUCAAGAGCCUUCUUUUUUGGGAGGUGUACUUUAAUGCUCAUGUAGAGAGUUCAGUCAAUUAAUGAUGGAGGGGAUUCCUUUUCAGCACAGGCAGGUUCAGACAUUCUGGUUCCUCUUUUUGUCCUGUGGCUUUGAUGUCACCUGGAUAGCUGCUGCACCAUUCUGAAAAACAUGGUGAGAACUAAUCCCUGGUGUUUGUUCCCAGCAUCUGGUACUUGAAGGUAUAUACGAUAGUCCCAUUUAGUUAACAAGUCGUCUUUCCUGAAUUUCUUUUUGCUUUCUUUUCUGAUGAUUGUUUCUGGCAUACAGGUUGUGUUUCUCUGAAUAUAUUUCCAGUUGUUGCUCCCCAAUACGCUUGUCUCUUCCAUCACCCUCCACAUUAUUUUCUUCUCUCAGUGCCUCCAGCUUCCUGCCUUUACCAAAACCUGGCUAUUCUCCUCUGCCAUUGCCACUGUGGCUGCCCUUGCUUUUUUGGAAUCCUCGUCUUCUCCAACACAUCUUGUCCUGAUGGCUGCAGAUGUGCUGUCUGUUGCCUUCUGCCAAUUCCUGCUCUUCCUUACUGUUUCUCAGCCUUUUGAGAUCAUUAAUUGUUCAAGAUCAUUAAUUGUUAUAAACUGCCCUGGGCCCAGUUCAGGAAGGGCUGUCAAAAAUUCAAUGAAUUAAAUAAAUUUCACUGUGCUACAGUUCUCCUCUACAACUCAGUGCUGGAAUCCUCUCUCUUCUCCCCACCACGCUGUUUUGACCAUUCAGAAAAUCACUGUUUUGAUCAUUCCUCUGACCCAGCUGUUUACCUCCUUCCUCAGUCUCUACCUCCUAGAUCUCAUAUUCACUAAGAGCAGUUAGCUUCAUGUUCUCUUUAUUUCUCUGACUUCUCUGCCUGACCACUGUUCUGUCUUCUUCAGUGUUGCACAUCCAUACUAUCGCCUCCUGCUCCUUCCACAGCCUGUUGUCCAUUGCCUCUGUGAACUUUUUGAAAGCCCUGUCACCUCUGCUCACUCUUCAGAUUCUGUAGCUUGUGCCUGCAACUCAUCCCUGCCCUCCAACUAACCAUUUGUUCCCUCACUUACUAUUUCUGUUCAUAAUUUCUAUCAGCUAAAAACUGGUUUUGUUCACUAUAAGUCCAUCUUUUCCUCAUCUGCAUCCCUCUAGGCAAACACAGCUACAGUUUCUUGAUCUCUGCCAAGGUUAGAUAGGAAUCCUCAGUGCCUCUUCCCUAUCUUUCUGAGAAAGCAGGAUUACCAUGUAAGACAGUGCAAUAAGAUAGUACGAUGAUAAAUGUGAUCUGAGGCACCCAGCAAACAGUGCUCUAGGACUAGGGUUUCAAAAAUUAGAAGCAAUGUGAAAAUGGAAUUGCAAAAUAACAUAGGAUAGGCUUGUUUCGUUAUAGAAAUGUCCUCCACUCUGUUAUGCAGCUUUGUUUCCUUUGUAGAAAUGCUAUUGUACCACAGCCUUAUUCCUUUCAUGUAAUGCCCAGUAAAACUACCCUGUUUAAUUUGUGGAAUGACAGAAAUGUGGGAGCCGUCACAGCUUCCUCUGGCAGACUAAUCUAGAAAGUGGGGGGCCUGCCCUUCUUGUUCAUUUGCAAAGUAACACCUUCAGGAGGUUUUGCUCAGAUGUGCAAAGCUGUCCUGAUGGAGCACAGCAGGAGAGGGAGUCCUGCAGAUACGAGAGCAUGAAGGGCUUUUUAAGUAAUAACCAGUACCCUAAAUUUAAUCUGGUUAACUGAUGGAUAGCCAGUGAUGUGACUGCAGAAUUGAUGUAAUAUCCAAAGGUCUCUGCCCUGACACAACUUUUGACACAGUUGACCACUGUCUGCUGCUUAACACCAGUCUUACCAGUGUUUCCACUCUGUCCUUGGCGGGUUCUCUUCUGACUGUCUGAUCACUCACUCCAUGGGAAAGCAGCUCUUUUUUCCUUGGAUCUUGUCUUGCCUUGCCUUUGCAUUCUUGGCUCUACACACUAUUCUUGGCUCACUUCAGUAAAUCCCAUGGCUUCCCAGUACCAACUAAAUUCUGCAGCUCUACCCUUGAGUUCUCUCCACUCCGAUCUGCUUCUCUCAUUGUCUGUUUAAUGUUUGAUGCCUCAUCUCAGUACAUCCAAGACUCUUGUCUCCUUUUAUGCUUCCUGUUUUCAUUGACACUGUUGUAAUCUAUCUUUAGAACAGACUUUGUUCAGACUGACUUCUCACUUUACAACACUGUAGAAAUCCCAUCCUUGCUUUUCACACCAGUAGCAAAAUGUGAUUCAUGGUUUGGUCUUCUCUUGCCUCAAGUACUUUCCCUCUCUGGGUAUAAUUCCAGAGGGUUUCCAUGCCAGUCUGCUGCAGCAGAAAGUAAACAGUUUGAUGGCAGCUUAAAGACAAACACAUUUUUUUCUUAAAUGUUUUUGUUGACCAUAACUGCCAUGCUUGUAUACGUAAAAGCUUACCCCAGAAUAAACAUUUGCUAGUCUUUUAGGUGCCACAAGAACGCUUGUAUAUAUAUUUUUCCUCUCUGGUGUAACAUAAGAACAUAAAAGUUAACCAUGUUUCAUCAGACCAACUUUGCAUCUAGUUCAGCAUCCUGUUUCAGAUUGCAGUGGAUACAUGCUGAACCAGUGAGUCUUGAUAGAUGGUGAGAUAGGAGAGAAAUGUUAAGUGUCUAGGUUGUUGAUUGGUUGGACCACCGGUUUUCUAUUGUGUCUAAUGCAAGCCCACUCUUCUGAGAAUAAAGAAUAUGCUGCCAUGGAAUCUGGAAUAAAGCGCUGUUGUGAAUGUUGUGUGCAAAGUGAAGAUAGGAACAGAGAAGCCUGAAGAAAGGUGUGUGUGUAGGGUGGGCAGUUUGCUAACACAAAAGUUGUAUGCAAAUGCUCACAUUUUUGUAAAUAAACAAUUUUAACAUGUCA